GAAAUUUCCGCCGUGACUCGAACCCAUGUCCCUUGCGGUUGGUCACGUGACGUGUCCGGGGUGGGGUUGACGAAGGGGGGUUGGAGAACAGCCCUCACAGCCUGUCGCCGUCCUCACCUGGCAUGAGAUAGACGCUCUCUCGAACCUCUGGCCAUCUUACCUUCGUACUGUCAUGCGAUACGUGAGACUAGUCUUCGGCAUAUACUUGCGCUCAGCUUGCACCUCGUCGGACUAGAACAUGACGUUGUGGGGGUCUUGAACAACGACGUCAUCCCAUGGGGGCAGACGAAGAUCGACGCGCAUGCAAGGUUAGGGGCUCGCGCAUCACCCAGUGUCUGAGACUUGCUCAUCGACAUAAAUUUCGGGCCUGAACCAUGGUCAAGCCCAUACCAAUCUCACACUCCAACCACAAUGUUCUCUGCACUUGCAUCCAUGCCUGCGACCGAGAUGGCCCUCCCGAGGACCUUCCCGCUCUUCUUGUUGCCGAGGCACAUUUCCACUACCCCCUCGAAGAAGGCUUCCGCCAUCCGGAAGGCUUCCAUCUCAUCUGUGGACUCGCGUGUCUCCUCGUCCACGUCCUCAUCUGAGGCGUCAUCCGAGGUCGAGAUGCCGACAGCGAGCGCAGUUGCAACCAGGGCCUUCUUCGAGCGCGAAGUAGUGCUGACGGAGGAUCAACUCCACAAUCCUCCUGCCGCACUCUUAGAUCACUCGGCUGAUUCCUUGCACGCCGAGUCCCCUGCGUCACCGAGCAGCGUUGUCACCAACGUCUGCUUCUGCAGGGAAGUCAUCCUGACCGAGGAGGAUUUGAAACAAUCACCCUCUCCACCCAAAUCUCCUCGCUUCCGAAACAUGCUUUCCCGUUUUGCCCGCCGUAGGAGGUCGUCGUGUUAGAGGCCGACUCCGGUCGAUCCUUCGAUCCUCGUCCGGGACGUGCCGCUCGUCGUCGAACACGUCGAUGUGCCGUUCCUUUCCAAAGGACCGGCACCUGCUGUCCCGACAGCGGCUAGGCGGAGUCGGCGUAACUCGCUGUUCAUCACGAGCGCGGCCAAAUCCGACGCUGUGUGCGAAGGAUGGUGACCCGGAACUAGUUAGCCUGCAGUAUCUGCUUUUCAUAUAAAUCCCACACAAAUGCUUUUGCAUCACCACGACCUUUGUGAGGCAUGGUUUGCUUCACCCUGAUUCAGUUUCACUUUGCUCUUCUCCUCUGCAAAUCGAACAGUCAUACACUUCAUCAGCGUGAUGUGGUUUCCGAAUAUG